CGCAGCAGGCAGGCGCAGCGUCCGGCGGUGUCGCGUGCUCAAAGCGAGUUUGGGCGGCGCGCAAAGCCGAAGCAGAUGAAUGGCAAGGCCGGCGAUGGCGAGGAAGACAUCAUGCGACAUGGCUGGGAGGCCCAGCUGCAGAACGAGGAGGCCGCGAAGAACCUCAGCGAGAAUUUCUUCAUGUACUACGAGGACAAGCGGCACGAGACUGCGGGCAAUCUGCCUCCCGAUUUUGACCCCAAGAACCUUGUGACGGAAUGGCGCAUGAAGGACCGCCUUAAGACGGCGUCUGCUCUGCUCGCUGUGUGUCUGAACGUGGGUGUCGAUCCGCCAGACGUGAUCAAGACCAACCCUUGUGCGCGUUUGGAGUGCUGGGUCGAUCCUGUUCCGCCCGACAGUUCGAACCAGAACUCCAACAACACCAAUGCGCAGAUUGGCAAGAACCUCCAGUCCCAGUAUGAGAAUCUAUCGCUGAGGACGCGAUAUAAAGUCAUUCUGGAUCCGACCAUCGAGGAGCUCAAGAAGUACACGACAUCGCUUCGCAGGACAGCACACGCAGAGCGUAUCUUGUUCCACUACAACGGCCACGGAGUACCGAAGCCGACGCAGAGCGGAGAGGUGUGGUGCUUUAAUAGAAGCUAUACUCAAUACAUCCCGAUCAGUCUGUACGAUCUACAGGAGUGGGUCGGCGCCCCGGGACUCUGGGUCUGGGACUGUAGCGCGGCGGGCGGCAUCAUUCAAGGCUUUCUUGACGCCGCGCAAAAGCACAGCACGAACCAACAGGACGUCUUGAGGCGAGAUCCAAACCGGUCCCAACAACAACCCCUCGUUAGGUGGGAGGAUUGCAUUCACCUUGCCGCCUGUCGCGAGAACGAAACUCUUCCCACCAACCCGGAGCUGCCCGCCGACCUCUUUACUUCAUGCCUCACUACGCCCAUCAUGAUGGCAGUGCGUUAUUUCAUUCUUCAGAACCCUCUCAGAACAACAUUUGUCACACUUGACCAGGCACGAAACAUACCCGGCAAAGUCAGCGAGCGUAGGACGCCGCUGGGUGAGCUGAACUGGAUAUUCACUGCCAUUACUGACACGAUCGCAUGGAACUGCCUCGAAAAACCGUUGUUUAAGAAGCUCUUUAGGCAAGAUCUGAUGGUCGCAGCCCUCUUUCGCAACUUUCUCCUCGCACAACGAGUAAUGCGCAUGUUUCAUUGCCAUCCACAGUCAUAUCCUGCAAUACCAGCAACUCACGAUCAUCCACUUUGGAAGAGUUGGGAUCUGGCGGUGGAAAUGAUCUUGGCCCAAUUGCCAGGCCUGAUCGAGCAGCAGAAAGCCCAGGAAGCCGCAACCGAGACGCAACCAAAUGGUCCGAACGGCCAACCGCAGCAGACGCCGGAGCUCGAAUAUGAGCACUCAACCUUCUUCUCGGAUCAGCUCACUGCCUUCGAAAUAUACUUGAACGCUGCGCCUAGCAACCCCGGCUCUGCAGGAUAUGCGAAGCCACCGGAGCAACUCCCAAUCGUGUUACAAGUCCUGCUCUCUCAAAUUCAUCGGCUGCGUGCUUUGGUAUUGCUCUCCAAAUUCCUCGAUCUAGGUCCGUGGGCUGUAAAUCUGGCGCUCAGCAUUGGCAUAUUUCCCUACGUCCUCAAACUUCUUCAAUCACAGGCGACAGAGCUCAAGGCACCUAUGGUGUUCAUUUGGGCCCGGAUCCUGGCUGUUGAUCAAUCAUGUCAGUCUGAUCUGCUCAAAGAUCAGGGCUACUCAUACUUCACCAACAUAUUGGUCCAGACGAGUGGAAUACCUCUCGGAAACAUCGCAGAACAUCGAGCGAUGUGUGUCUUUGUCAUCGCCAUGUUCUGCAAGGACUUCAAGCAAGGCAAGGCUGCGUGUCUCGACAGCAAUCCCGAGAUCAUCGAUCAGUGUCUCGCCCACUUGCUUGACAUGGAGAAUCCUUUACUUCGACAAUUCAGUCUCCUCUGCUUGAGCAAUCUGUGCCGCGACUUCCCUGCUGCAAAGCAGGCUUUUCUGGAGCUCGGUGCCCACGAUCGAAUAUGUGAUCGAAGCCACGACCCAGUCCCCGAAGUUCGGACGGCUUGUCUCAAUGUACUAACUAGCUUCGUCGCUACUGGUGACGUUAAUCCGGCCAUUAUUGAAAUAGAAGAGACACUGGUGGGAAUCAUCAUCUCCAUGGGAAUGGAUGGAUCGGUCAUGGUCCGGAAAGAGCUUACAGUCUUCUACUCAGAAUAUGUGAAGAAGUAUCAGAAUCGAUUCCACUGCGCAGCCUUUGAACAGCUUCAGGAGGAAUUGGACAAGAAGGAUGGAAAAGAGCAAGUUGCCGAUGAUUUCCUCGCCAUGCAGGAAGAGAGUGCUUUUGAUUCGGCUGGCUCGAACGGCAACCUGUCUCUGAACGGCCCGAGAAGGGCAGAGCUGUCGUUAGGCACCGUGUAUCGCGCGGUGUGGAGGCAAGUGAUGAGUCUUUCUACAGACCCACAUCCGGAGGUUGCACGUAAUGCUGGUGCCGUGGUUGAUUACCUUCUCAAUUCGCUGCUCGAAAGCCCCUUCGCGCCUCAUGCGGAAGCGAUCCUGGAUCAAUUGGAGAAGACCAGACCAUCUCUAAAGCAAUCGAGAUCCGUGCGAGACUCGAGACCGGAAACGCCGCCGAGCCCAUCAGCGGCUUCAAUAUCUUCCAAAGCCGAUAGCUACUUUGCUCUAUCACGGACAGCAAGUGUAGCCGCUGCCCUGAAGAACAUGGUUGGCUGGAAAACGCCUGCUGAGGUACCCAGCACCCCAGGCUCACCAACACAUGCUCGACGAGGUUCAGCGAUGAGCGCACAUACGUUACCAUACCGCUCGCGACCACUCACGCCGGCAGACGCAGCUCUCCUCCCUCCGGAUGCAUUGGAUAAUGUCCAGGGACCUCCACAUCAACCGCGAGCCAUGAUUCCACCUACACCAUAUUUUCAGGACAGAGACAAGUCACAUGUGCCUCAAAUGCCGCUCAAGUCCACAUUCUUUGACUGGUCAGCAUCUUACUUCCGCGAGCCGCAGAUGCGACCGUCUGAAGCAGACGAGCCUGGUUCGAAGGACUACAACGAGCGCUUAUGGCGCCGGAAUCGCAACGACAAGAUCAUUGCCUCGACGCAGCCUCUCAAAGAAGCCGCUGGGUCGCAAGGCUGGGACAAGCCUUGUGGAUACUUCGGUAUUGGCGCAGCACCUGUAAAGAUGGUGUUCCAUCAAUUCGAGAAUCACCUUGUCACCUCAGACGAUCGAGACAGUAUUGCAGUAUGGGACUGGAAAGAUGCAAGACAACUCGUCCGAUUCAGCAACGGCAAUCCGAAGGGCAGUCGAGUCACAGAGUUGCAGUUCAUCAACGAAGAUGAUAUGGCCAUGCUAAUGACCGGCUCGAGCGAUGGAGUCGUCAAGAUUUAUCGCGACUACGAUGAUCCGAACAAGAUCUCACAGGUCAGCUCCUUCCGCGCACUAAAUGAUCUUGUUCCUUCCGAUCGCGGUGGAUCUGGGCUCGUCUUCGAUUGGCAACAGGGGCAGGGUAAAGCUCUGGUCGCUGGAGAUGACAGGGUUGUGCGUGUGUGGCAGGUUGGUCAAGAGCUUUGCGUCAACGACAUUCACACCCGAUCUUCAGCAUGCAUCACUUCCUUGACUUCAGAUCAAGUGGAGGGCAAUGUGUUCGUCGCCGGAUUCGGCAAUGGCAGUGUCAAGGCCUACGAUCAACGAAAACCUGGAGCCGAAACCAUGGUUUUGGGGUGGAAAGAACAUAGUUCUUGGAUCGUCGGUGUACAUCUUCAACGCGGUGGGGCCCGGGAAUUGAUCUCUGCUGAAUCGAAUGGAGGACUUCGUCUCUGGGAUCUGAGGAUGACGAAGUCCGUCGCUGCCCACGAUCCUGCACCACGGACACGCGAGCCUAGAAUGUUACGCGCGCUCUCCGUUCACGAACAUGCUCCAGUCUUUGCAACUGGAGGCAAGGAUCAUACAAUCCGUGUCUACAAUACAAAGCUCCAGCUGCUGAGCAAGUUUGAGCCAUACAUGUCCUACUUGAGAGUCGGACUCUCGGGAGGCUCACAGCGCAAUGCACCCAUCACUGCCAUGGCUUUCCAUCCUCAUCGCAUGAUGUUGGCGUGUGGCGCUGUAAAUGAUGGGCAUGUAAAUCUCUUCAAGUGCGAUAUCGAUGAGCACAAGGAAGGGCACCUGCGAGGCGGAGAUUCGGUCGUGGAAGAAUGGGGUUCGACGUAUGGUGGGAAGUUCAACUGAGACAUCAAGUGCUCUCGGUGGAAAGUUGACGAUUGUGAAUAGUGUGCUUUUAUGAUGAUGGGAUUAGCAAGGAGUUCGGCGAGGCAUAGCAUGGACGAUGAGCUCGAGCUCUAGGGAAGUGGCAAUUUGAAACCAGAAACGCAGAUUCAGGGAUCCUUUGGAGCACGCGGGCGCGAUUUCAAUGUGUGAAUGAGAUGAUACUAGCAUUGCAUGGUCCGAUUUGUGACAACACGAGGUUUCCUGGGUGGACACAUUGAGAUUGAAUGACGCGGUUGGAUGUAGAAAUCCGAGCGUGGAUGCCAAGGUUUGCGCUCAUCGUUUGAGCUGAUAGUCAUGCUAUGGUAAUGCGAAUUACGGCCGUUCGUCUAAACAUCAGUCCUCUCGUCUAGAGCGCUGCGAAGAGCCUGAAACCGUGGACUUCCCAAGCCCGUCACCGGAUCCCAAGGUCUCGCUGCGGUUGCUGAUCAAUUCUCGCAGGAACACCACGAAUUUGUCGUACGUCACGUCACGCCCUUCUGGGGACCGAACACGCCGCCCUUGUUGUAGACCCAUCAACGUCUGAGUAUCAAGCGCAGUCUCGAAUUUAGGACCAACGCCCCGCUGAUUCUCUGGAUCUCCAGGAGCAAAUCGUGUUGCUUCAGCCAUAUCUCCGUACCACAGGUUGCCGAGGAGGGUCGAAGUAGCUGUGUAGCGUGCUCGCAGCUGUCGGGCUUGUCCUGCAUCUUGUUGAAAUACCAGUAUGCUAGGUUGAAGGCGCAAGCUCGGGCCCGUCAUAGAGUCUGACGGUGAUGAGCUUAUCUUUCUAGGUGAGAAGAAGGAGCAAGAUUAUUCGGCUUAUCUCCGUAGCCAUCUGGCACACCGGGCGGGAUCUGUAACUUGGUCUCGGUGGGCCGCUGGGAGAAUAUUACGUCCCGCAUUGACCGCAUGACCAGCCAGAACGUUUCGAGCAUUGUAUCUUCCUGUCGGUAUUUUUUCUCUCUUCUAUGUAGACUACUCAGAUGCUCCGGAUCAAGGAUUGCAGCAGCAGCUGUCGAGGUGUCCAGAACGAUCAUUUCAGCGAUUCCGAUCGCAGUCACAGGUCUUCAGGAGGCGUGUAAGAAUGGCACGCAAGUGCAGCCAUGUUGAUUCUUAUCAGUGAGCCCAAGAGAGCAGUGCAUUAAUGCGGUCCUGUGCGCUCCCAUGCAGUGAUGGACUGGGCGCAGGGACGCGAGUUGACGCAAGCAGCCAGGAUAUUCAGGCACGCGUGCUCCCAUUGGCUGUCCGUCAGCGCACGCAACGCAGCUGGUUGUUUUCGCCAUAAGCAGUCAAGCGUGCUGCCCGAAACAGUAUGUGGUCGUGUGCCUUGGAAAUAACGACCUUAGGCAGCCUUUUUGGUGUCGACUGUCUUCGAGUCCGUCGAUUCUGUCUCUGCGGUGUAUGGGUGCUUGAUCGUGAGGCACCAGAUGUCCAGUGUGUCGCAAAUGGAGACUAUGACGUCCACAACGAAGCUGCCAUAGACACCGACCGCAAGUCCUAAGCAGGUAAACACGAAUGCAACCUGAUAGACGCCGUCGC